AUGUCGAAUAGGCUACGUCUUUACUUUGCCAUUUGGCUUAAGAAAACAAAACUCUUGCAUAGCAUUGAUCUGCCAGUUUUUAAUAAAUUACUUUUACCUAAUGCAAAGCCAAAACCAGCUCCAAAGGCUUCUCAUGUCAUGAAGAAUUUAAAAGAUAUGUUUACGAAUAAAACUGAUUUAGCUGGAUGUGUCGAUUUUCAAUGUGAUUCCAGCAGAGAGUUAGUUGUUACAACAAAUCAGAAAGAAAAAAUUGCUGCCGAAACAAAAUCGACAUUAACCGACUAUGACUUUAACAUGUAUACAUUGUCGGAUUUUGUUAUUGGUUCAUCGAUUGGUGCAGGAAGGUUAGCUCGUGUUCAUGAAGCAUCUCUUCAGAAAAGGCCCGUGGCCUUGCGAGUAAUAAAACUCAAUGAAGCAGCAGCAAUAAGCAACAAGAAAUUGAUUGCUCAAGCGAAAGCUCUUUGUUCUGUUGAGCACAAAAACAUUGUUAAAUGUUUUGGCGCAUUAGUUGGGGAAACAAAAGGUUUUGCGUUGGAGCUUUGUGGAAAGAAGAUUUACGACAUGUUUGAGGAGGUCACUGUUCGAUCACUGCAUGGCCUCCUUCAAAUAUUGGAGGAUGAUAUUUCGUUGGAGUGGAGGCUGAAAGCACUGCUAGAUGUCAGUGAUGGUUUAAAUUAUUUGCAUGACAAGUCAAUCGUUGCUGGUGAUGUCAAACCAAGUAAUAUUUUAAUUUGUGGAGAGGUUGAGAACAUCACAUUCAAAAUUGCAGAUUAUAGUGUACAGUCAAUUCUGCAACAACAAACAUCGUUAAUGAUGUCAUCGUAUGGUGCUGGUCAACAUUACUAUUGA